UGGGACAUACAGACAGGCAGAGAGGUUAGAGCGAAUUUAACAUCAGAGGUGAUGUCAUUGGUGUCUUUGAUGGUUUGGUUUAAAAGGUUUAUUCAGAGAGUGAUGUCCACAAAAAGCUGUUCCAGCAUCUCUUCUGAGAUGAUGACCUGAACUGACAUCAAGGACUGCGGGAGAAGGACCCAAUAGAAUAAACUCACACUUAAUUCAGGUCACUUUAAGAAGUAGUCAUGAUGAUGGAUCGAGCUGUACUGCUUGUUUUCUGCUGUCUGGUGAUGUCUGUAUCAGUUGCCCCACUCUACCCAUCUAUUAGGUUUGGUCAGAGGGACACGUCCAUCCUGAUGACCUCUAUAGAGCAUCCCAUGCAACUGCUGGAAGAAAACAGCACUCCCUUGACGCAAAAAGCCGAACUGCGAUCAGGAAGACAUGCUGAUGCUAUCUUUACCAACAGCUACAGGAAGGUUCUAGGUCAAAUCUCAGCCAGGAAAUUCCUACAGAGCAUCAUGGGAAAACGUCUACAAGAAGAAGGCCGGAGCUAUAAUGUGAAAUGCCAGUCAGACAUUUACGAGGGCACCUACAAACAGGACCUGACAUCUGUUCAGAGAAAACAGAGUUACAGAGGACAGCAAAACAAUUUCAAGAUGCCAAGACUUUUAUGUAGUGAAUGUAAGCGAGGACAAAGUGAAGACAAGAAGUGUUUAGCUCCAACCCUAAUGACCUGAAAAUGUCAAAAUAAAAAAUUAAAAGCUAUUUUACUAUCAAAGCUUUGAGUCAAGAAAAUCAAUGUCCCUCAGUUCAUACACUCUGGCAAACAAUUGUACUAAAGGAUAUGUAACCAGUUUUCACAAUAAAGCAAAGAGAUUUGA